GCUUGUAUCAUGGCGAGUGACAGUCAAAGUAAAGAGAAGUCGUACGACAUCGACGGUGUGGCUGAGGGAGGGAGCCAGUCUUGUGCACCAAAAUGGUUUCGGCAAAACUUGCUUGUGAUUCUGACGUUAAUUUUUGGAGUCGGUUUGGGAUUUGUGGUGGGCUUCACGAUUAGACUGGCUGACCCAACCGAAGAGGCACUGAUGUGGCUAGGACUUCCGGGAGAGCUGUACAUGCGCAUGUUAAAAGCCACCAUCCUUCCACUCAUUGUCAGCAGCGUCAUAGCAGGCACCGCCUCUUUGGACCCUCGGUCCAAUGGAAGGAUCAGCAUCCUGUGUCUCGGCUACAUCAUCGUCACUAACGCGAUCGGAGCCGUCAUUGCCGUCAUCGUCAGCCUCAUCAUUAAGCCAGGAAGUAACCAGGUGAUAGCAGCUGACCUCUCCAAGCCUGACACCAAGAAUCUCCAAACGGAAGACAUCUUUGCCGACCUGAUACGAAAUCUGUUCCCGGACAAUCUAGUGGCAGCAGCCUUCCAACAGUCCCAGACCCAGUACCACCUGGUGUCAGAGAGAGUCAUCACCGUUAACACUUCCGGUGGCAUCAUAAACGAAACCGAGGCUGUCUAUAGUCGGAGCCUUGGCGUGUCAUCAGGGACGAACAUUUUAGGUCUCAUACUAGCCUGUACAGUCCUGGGCAUGGCGGCCUCCAAGUGUGAUGAGAUUGGCCAGCCCUUCCUCAGAUUCUUCCAGUCCACCAGCGAGGUCAUGAUCAAGGUUCUUCGGUGGAUAGUUUGGUACACCCCUGUUGGGGUGGCGAGUCUGAUCGCAAGCUCCGUGGCCAAGGCUAAAGACAUCGAUACGACUUUCGCGAGUCUGGGGAUGUUCGUCCUCACGGUCACUGUCGGGAUGGUCAUCCACCAGAUGGUGUUGCUGCCCCUCAGCUACUUCGCUCUCACAAGGAGAAACCCACUCAAGUUUUUAUUCAGUGCCUCGCGUGUGUGGAUGACAGCAUUCGGACCACCAAGCACUGCUGUAUCUAUCCCGGAACAGCUUCGUUGUCUGGAAGAGAGGAACAGCAUUAGUCCCAAGGUCACACGCUUCGUUGUGCCGUUCGCCGCCACCCUCAACAGGGACGGCAGCUGCCUCUUCAUCACCGUCACAGCCAUGUAUAUAGGUCAGCUGGAGGGACAAACGGACGCCGGGAAGAUCGUCAUGAUAGCAAUACUGGCUACUGUCGGAUCCCUCGCCAUUCCGUCAGUUCCAAGUGCCAGCAUCGUCACCUUGCUCAUCUUGUUGUCAUCCCUCAACAUCCGGGCAGUUAACAUCGGGCUCAUUUUAGCAUUAGAGUGGUACACGGACCGCAUCAGGACGACCAGCAACUCCAUGAGCUGUCUACUCUGCGCCGUCUUCACCAACAGAUUCUCGGCGAAGUUGUUGUCGACGUACGACCCGCCCGGUGACAAUGGCACAGUCUCAGAGACAGUGAAAGUUGAGCCGGGACACCAAGAACACCAGCUGGACACCAAACUGUGAACACCCACUCCUCACGUACCUUCUGCACCGUCUACUACAGGCAGCUGGAACUUCAACUCACAUUCAUUGUUUACAGUUAUCAUCCUAAGAAGGACGAGGCUUCUCAUGGGUUGUUUACUUUCAACAUGACGGGUGUGCAGUAAGGUUUACAGCUGAUAUUUACUCAGGAACAUUCAAUAUAGUUCAAAUAUGUUCUGUGUUAGAUAAGACUGUCAUAGUACACUAGAUCAACGUGGUAUUUCAACCACUCUCCAACAAGACCUGUGAACAGACGCUAUACAUUCUCUGGACCAGCAUAUUGGAUCCAUAUAAUCUUUCAGGACCUAGCCGGUAUAUGCGAGAGGACCUUCUAGGGUAUCCACUGAAGAGUGUACCCACGUUUACCCCAAACUGGGAUUUUCAGGGUAUAGGGUAAUGAAACAUUCAGUUUGUAACACCUUACUGUAACGAAGUGCUACGUGCGAAACAUAAUCUAUUAGAUUCCCACAUUAUUUCCUAGUGCGACAUUGACACCAGUGUAGUUUGUUCAUGAUCAGUCUCCACCUACAAGGGGCGGUGGGGUAGCCUAGUGGUUAAAGCGUUCUCCGAAGACCCGGGUUCGAUUCCCACAUGUGUACAAUGUGUGAAACCCACUAAUGGUGUCCCCUGCAUUGAUAUUGCUUGAAUAUUGCUAAAAGCGGUGUAAAACUAAACUCUCUAACCCACUCCACCUUCAAACGAAGAAACACGGAAUGUCCCAGGCCAUGGGGCGGUGGGGUAGCCUAGUGGUUAAGGCGUUCGCUCGUCAUGCCGAACACCCGGGUUCGAUUCCCCACAUGGGUACAAUGUGUUAAGCCCAUUUCUGGUGUUCCCCGCCGUGAUAUUGCUGGAAUACUGCUAAAAGCGGCGUAAAACCAAACUCACUCACUCACUCACUCCCAGGCCAAUGGGUAAUAUUAUCUGUCCAUUGGAGUAUGUGAGAACAUGUGUACAACGUCAGGUGCCUAUGUAUCAGAGCCAGUAUUUUGUUGAUGUGGGUUGCAUGUCGAGGCCAGUACUAUUGACCAUGGAUAUUCAUUACGUUUUCAUGUUUCAUAGCGUGUGUUCAAAGUGUUGUUUCAUCUCGAAAUAAAACCGUAGAUUUACAUCAUGUUAA